GAAAUUGCCACGUGCCGACUGGGCUGUCGACGGAGAUUGACCGUUAUGGUUGGAGUCGACCCUACAUCUCUUUUGCUGGCGCUAUUGUUACUGCACACCGUUCGCAUUGGAGAAAAUUGAAUGGGUUUUCGAACCGCUACUUCGGGUGGUGUUGUGAGGAUGACGACCUGCAUUGGCGUUUUUCGAGGAAUAAUCUUUUGUUCGGAGAUUGUAGGCCGUUGCUGUGCGGGGAUGAAGAGCACACUCGAAUGAUCGAAAACAGUCCAGGCCUUUACAGACCUUCUAUCGGAAAAGGCAGAUUCAAUACUUGGGUCAUGCACGCUCGUAACCAUACGAAACGAGUCUUGAAUGCCUUGAUUUACCAUCGUAAUGUCGUUCUGUCGAAAGAGUACGAACUGGCACCUCCCCAACUAGCCAGCGAACGACAGGCAAAAGAUGGCAUUGCGAACCUGAGAUUUCAUCUAGUGGACUACGACUACGAUUUUUCAGCGGAACCCUAUACCGGUUUAAGAUUUCACCACGUAAAAGUCAAGAAAAGCGCUUUGGCGUUCGACCUAUUGCGUGUGCCGGUUGUGCUAGUGAAUGAGGGUGUUGAGACGGCCCUGGAGACAAUGGUCAGCACCGUUGCCACGAAUACCAACAACGGUAGAAAGGUCCCGUUUACAUUCAAGCGGUUGCUUUACGUGGUUCGGAAAUACCGUUAUUUGACAGUAGUGUCUUCGAAGAUGAAGCAGAAGAGAGAGAGUGUGGAAAAAGCAAUAGGGCUAGGCGUGGAGCACAGUGGCCCCAGCAGCACUACCCAAGACGAAGCCACUGCGCUUCAACUCCCCAUCUCUAUCAUUGGUGUGAAUCUGUGGGGUAAUGUGGGUACAUUCGUAAAUGACGACACCAUGUUAGCGAAGUUUUACCGAAGCAUAAGGCGGCAUCCCGCUGAUGAGUUUGCGUUGUAUGUGUAUACAGCUGACACUGAUGCUAGUGAAGGUCAACAUAGUGAUGCCAGUUCAGCAGGGCGAGUCAUAGAGAGGUCUCUGCCAUAUGCUGUCAACACUGACAAUCGGGUACUCAUUCGUGGUGACUCACAACGGCCAGCACAGACGCUGGAAGCGGCUAUUAUCGAUAAAUUUGCUUCCGAAAAACGCUUAUGGAUCGCCCCAUCUCUGUACGAGGGAUGUACGUCGAACUCUGGUCUUGAGCGUUUCCCGAAUGCAGCAAAGCAUACCUUGGCGCCGUUUUUGCAGGGUUGUUCGGUCGGUUGGAAUAUCACGGAUUUGACUGUGUGGGCCUACAAAAAUCCUCCGAAGAUAGGGACCGGAACUUCAGGUGAAUCUUCUCCUUCUUCCCUAAAAAAUGUUGAUGAUGUUGACAAGGUAGACUGGCUUCGCGUUAAUCUUGUCUCAUCUAGUCACGUCUAUGCCCAGCUGGUGGAGCCUGGAGGGGCGAGCAGGGAAAAUACGCAGGUGAAUCUGAAAUACGGCUUAACGUGGGACAAAGAAGCUUUUUCUUUCUAUGUGCCGAAAGGGAACGACUAUUGUGUGGGCGUCCGAGAAAAGGCGCCACAGGAAUGGGCGCGAAAGAUUUCGAGCACUUCAUCUUCACGUGGACAGAAUAACGAAGUAGAAGAGCAAAACAGCAACAACAACCUUCUGCUUGCCGCAGUUGGUUCUAGGAUCCAGCGUGGCCCCGAUUGCACUGAUAAGGAGCAAAACUACAAGCAUGUUUUCUCUUUUGGUAUGAUUCCGAUGCCUGAAAAUCCUAUAGCGAUGCUCUGCAUAGGGUCUGACGAUGGCCACCGUGGCAUCCGAACACCUAGAUGGAUCGUCACUUUGGCGAUGGUUGGCUCCUGCGUUGGGAAGCCAAGGGUUCUCUUGUUUAAGGCAUAAGAAUGUGGUCAAACAAUUGCACGAAGAAGAAAGGACAACUGCUCUUCUAGACUUUCCAAAUGUGUAUGUUUUUAAAUGCUCUCGUUUCUUUUAGUUUCUUUGCGUGGCAGUGCAUAGAAUUUCUAGAGUACAACUCCUUGGACGUCGCCGUAGCGAUUCUUGAUUAGCCUUAAUACUGCCUCUAACUUUUGGCAAUGGAAGUAUCACGUAUUGGUGUUCAAAACACUUCCAUCUGGUUGGCGCGAGGUUGGAGGACCUGUCGGAGGAGUGGGUGAGCAAGAGCAAGUAAGAUCAUCAGCAAGACAAUCUCAAUCGCCGGGUCGAGUUUUGAGCGUGAACAAGGCUGCGAAAAACUCUCCAACAGCAAAGCGGAUGUGUGUGAAAGCGCGCAAGGGAGACGACAUGGUGGACAAUCCGAGUCAUUUCAUAUCACCAGACUUAAGGUUGUACCUAAUACAUCUUUGGAUGUAUCCUUGGAGCUACGUAUGGAGGAGUAUCCACCUAAGGGAAUAAUACUCUCCCAUAGUACUUUUCAAGGAUGCACUUGAAGGAUGAAUUACGGACAGCUCUAACAGACUGUAAAUUGACCGACGAGGAGGAACAGGCGGAGACGAAGGUUCUCUUAUGAAAAAAUGGGAUAUAAUUUGGUUGUAAUGAUUAUGAUGAUCCAAAGUACAUUUUCCGAAUAAGAAUAAAAAUCGAGGCCCUUGGUCUAAAACUGAUGAUGAUGUUAGUCGAUUUGGAUUGGACAACUCAGCUGUACUUAGAGUUUGUUAGAAGUCUAGAGUUUUUGUUGAUACCUCUAAUUUCCUUCCACUUUUUCGUACCAAGUCAGGAGAUGACUCAUCUAGCAGCGUUGUACUGCACGUCUUUUGAGCCGUCGCAGAAGCGUUUCGCCUUCAAGGAAGCGGAUUCAGUUGUAGAUGGCUGUCUUGGUAUGACAACUUUGCGGAAGUUAGGGCGUAGUUGACAGUAGAUUUACAUGGUACUGGUAGUACAGUUUUGGGAGGAGAAGUUUUUAUUUUCCAUUAUACUUUCCAUGACAAAACUCUAGCUUGACAUUUCUUUCCAUCGCUUUCCAUUACGCGCUCCAAGGGAACAAAGAGAGUCCAAGUAGUCACACACUUCACACUUACGUCUCCUACCUUCACCUCUAACUACCUUCACCUCUAACUAACUUCACCUCUAACUAACUUCACCUCUAACUACCUUCACCUCUAACUAACUUCACCUCUAACUAACUUCACCUCUAACUAACUUCACCUCUAACUAACUUCACCUCUAACUAACUUCACCUUCCCCGCCCAUCUUUAACUUCACCUCUAACUAACUUCACCUCCCUCCAUCUUUACCCUUACGUCACUCACCUAAACUUCACCUCUAAGAAAAGUUUCGCGGACGUUACUUUCCAGGCCGUUUUUGCUUGUGAAGGAAGACGACGAGACCUGCUCGGAUUCAUUUCUGUGUCCGUAUCGCGUAGGAGCAAGCGUACGGUAUCCGUGAUAGAACUGUAGAUUAUAUUUAACCCACUAGGGUUUGGAGAAACGUAUUGCGGUUGGCGGAGAAGAAUGUCUGUCAUUGUAAUUGGGGAGAUGUUCUUAUAUUGAUCUUCCUAGCCUUGGCAUUUGUAGCGAUCAUGGAUGAAAUAAUAAGUGCACUCGUGGUCAUGAUGUUGUAGUUUAGUCGUCCUAUGUUGUAGUCGUCUUAUAGAAAAAGGGGUGAGAAGUCAUAGUCCUGUGGACGAAGAAAAGAUAGUUUAUAUAGACAUUUGUUGUUGUUUGUUGUUGUCUAGUGAAUGGGCGAGCUUGAUCUUGAUUAACACCUAUGACUUUAAGAGGCUUAUUUUACCGACGUUGGUUCUGAUUCUCCUUCUAGGCUGCUACGAGUAGGCAAAACAGGAAUACAGAAAAGCAUGAAAGAACAACAGAGGCAGGGCAGCUCUAGGCUAAGAAGUAGAGGGAAAUGAGCCCCUCUUUUCCCAUUUUCCAUUCUAAAGUGAAUUGGAGUCGUCCUACAACAAGUAUCAUGGCAGGAUAGAAGUUUCGAGCCGUCCUAGAACAACUAUCCUAGAACAGCAGGAUGUUAGAACUUUUCUUCAUAGAUAAAGAAGGAAUAGUUUUCGCAUGCUAGGGCGCCUUGUGGUCUGUGCCUUUGCAUUUAUUACUAGAUUGAUUUGAAGGAAAAAUACUCCAAAGAAUGAAUGUUAUGGUCCGUCAUCCGAAGAUUGCAGUCUUGCCAUGAACCAGUUGGUCUUGCUAUGAACAAGGAUCGUGCUUCUUCUACUCAGACGCUGUUAAGCACGACCACUGAACGAAGGAUGUUUCUACUGCUUCUACAACACAACUGUUCUUCGCAAUGGACUAGUGGGCAUGCAACAUAACAAGACUCUGGCCGAAGAUACAAC